AUAAUUUCUGCCAUCGCUGCAGACCGCGUUCCUUUACCCUUCUUUCCUUGUUUCGUUCUUCCCCUCUUCUCCGGCUUGUUCUAGGGCUGGUGCCACCCGCCGGACACACCACAGGGUCCGCACUAUCCAGAUAGCUGCCGCCCAGGGCAGCACUAGCGGGCAAGCAGGUUUGUGCCGCGGCGACACCACCACCACCAACGCAGCCCAGAUCCUGCCGCUUCCUCUGCUCCUCGCUCUCCUCACUUUCCUCACGACCACCCUGUCGACGAUUGUCUGACCUCCUCGACGUCGGACGCUGCCAAUUGACGCCCCCGCCGCCGCCGCCGCCGACAUGGCUUCCUCGCGCGACAAUGAGCUCAAGACGGAAGGCGCGAUAGAGGCUGCCCGGGACCUCAAUUCGGUCGUGACUGCCCAAGCGGCUGAGGACACAAUGGUCGACGAGGCGAAAAGGGGAGGCAGCCCCGCCUUCCAGUUCGACCCCGAUGCCAGCCCCGAGGAGAAGCGGGCUCAGGCGAGAGCACGCAUCCCCGCCGGCCUCAAGCCUCAGCGGAAACCCAAUGCCACGGCCCUGGCCUCCGACGCUGACUCCAAUGUCGGAGCCAAGUACGAUCUUCCUCCGGCCACAGUAGCAGGUGCUGUCGAUGCACCCUCUUCCCCGUCUUCCCCAACUUCUGCGAAAGGCGCCAACGGCACAGCGCCUGAAUUGGACGACGAUGCGCGCUGGGCGAGGGACCGCACUGGCUGGGCCCCGCGGUUCGGCAUGCCGGGCUCGGAAGAGGAAGCCGACGAGGGGUCGCUGCUCGACCAUCAGACGUGGCUGGAGGGGAAGCUGGAGGACAAGUUUUUUGGUGACUGGUACCAUAACACGGGCAUCAUCAUAUUCGCCUGUUUGACCUCGUGGGUCGUAGCUGUGCUAGGCGGUGGCCUUGGCUGGGUCUUUUGCGUCAUGGCCAUUUGCGGAACUUACUACCGAACAUCGAUUCGCCGAGUGCGUCGCAACGCGCGAGACGACUUGAAUCGCGAGAUGGCCAAGAACAAACUCGAAUCAGAUUCUGAGAGUCUUGAGUGGAUCAAUAGUUUCCUCGUCAAAUUCUGGCCCAUCUACCAUUCCGUUCUGUGCGACUCGAUCAUCAACUCGGUCGACCAGGUUUUGUCUACUUCGACUCCAAGCUUCCUCGAUAGCUUGAGAAUGAAAACCUUCAUCCUGGGAACGAAACCGCCACGGUUGGAGCAUGUGAAGACGUAUCCCAAGGCCCAGGAUGACAUUGUGCUCAUGGACUGGAAAUUCAGCUUUACGCCCAACGACACGGCCGAUCUUACUGCGAGGCAGAUCAAGAACAAGAUCAACCCCAAAAUCGUCCUCGAGAUCCGUAUCGGAAAGGGACUAGUCAGCAAAGGUUUAGAUGUCAUCGUGGAGGACAUCGCGUUUUCAGGCCUUAUGCGGGUCAAGGUCAAGCUCCAGCUUCUAUUUCCUCAUAUUGAAAAGGUAGAAAUCUGCUUCCUAGAACGACCAACGAUCGACUAUUCCUGCAAGCCGCUUGGGGGUGAGACGUUUGGCUUCGACAUCAAUUUUAUUCCUGGUCUUGAAACUUUCAUCAUGGAGCAGGUUCACGCAAACCUCGGACCGAUGAUGUACGAUCCAAAUGUCUUCCCCAUCGAAAUCGCAAAGAUGCUUGCCGGAAACCCGGUUGACCAGGCGAUUGGUGUGUUGCAAGUCACGUUCCAUGGCGCGCAAGGUCUUAAGAACCCGGACAAGUUCUCAGGAACCCCGGAUCCCUAUGCAGUUGUUUCCAUCAACAACCGCAACGAGCUCGGACGCACCAAAACUGUGCACGAAAACGCCAACCCACGCUGGAAUGAGACCGUAAACAUCAUCAUCACCUCAUUGAAGGAUGCUCUGACGAUUAAUCUCUUCGAUUUCAAUGAGUACCGAAAGGAUAAGGAGCUUGGUACGGCCACCUUUGCGCUGGACCAGCUUGAAGAAGAUGACGAGCAUGAAAACCUCCAUCUCGAGGUCAUGUCUGGUGGAAAGGCCCGUGGUGUUCUACAGUGUGACGUUCGCUUCUUCCCCGUUCUUGAAGGAACCAAACUGGAGGAUGGUACCGUGGAGCCCCCACCAGAAUCCAGGACCGGGAUUGCAAAAUUUACCGUCGAGCAAGCUAAGGAUUUGGAUGGAACCAAGAGUCUGAUUGGUCAGCUCAACCCAUACGCGGUCCUGCUUCUCAAUGGCCGAGAGAUCCAUAUUUCGAAGAAACUCAAGCGCACAAAUAACCCUAUCUGGCCUGAUGCAACCAAGGAACUUCUCAUAACCGACCGCAAGAAGGCUAAGCUUGGGCUUGUUCUCAAAGACGACCGAGAUAUUGCUGCCGAUCCUAUUCUUGGAACAUACCAAGUCGGUUUGGACGACAUGCUCGAUCUGAUGGCAAAGGGUCAAGAAUGGUACAAUUUGGCAGGUGCUAAAACAGGGCGCGCUAAAAUGACAUUGCAGUGGAAGCCUGUUGCCCUCAAAGGCGCCAUCUCAGGAUCUGGUGGUUAUCUGACGCCUAUCGGUGUGAUGAGGCUGCAUUUCCAGAAUGCUCGCGACCUUCGAAACGUGGAGGCAAUGGGCAAAUCCGAUCCCUAUGUCCGAGUUCUUCUCUCGGGUGUUGAAAAGGGUCGAACGGUUACCUUCAAGAACAACCUGAAUCCGGACUGGGAUGAGGUUAUUUAUGUCCCGAUGCACACUACCCGCGAAAAGCUGCUCUUAGAGGUCAUGGAUGAGGAGCAUCUUGGCAAAGAUCGCUCGCUGGGCCAUAUUGAGCUGUCUGCUUCAGACUAUAUCCGACAGAAUGAUGACGGCGAGUAUGUCGUCAAUGAGCAGAAACAGCUCCUAUCUCGAGGACUCAGACUGGGCACUCGUGCACAACCCAAGGGAGUCCUGAACUUCACAUGCUCAUUCUACCCGACUUACCCUGUGUGGGAUCCAGAUGAGGACGACAAAGAAAGCACGAUUGGAGGGCUAUCGGGCAAGAGUUCCGUAAAGAGUCUAGAGUCUUCCCAGAAAGGUCAUAAAAAGACCGUCUCUAGCGUGUCUCGCUCCGAUACCGUCGGCACUAUUUCCUCACUGCAAACGGCGCACGAGGACAGCGAAGUCGAUCUCGCGAAACAACUCGAGAAGAACGAGGGCGAGCAGGAAGAGGGAGUGCGGCAGAAAAAGGAGAUUGAGAAACUCCAUCUGACUACUGAUGAUUUACAGCAAUAUGAAUCUGGUCUCAUUGUAUUUAAGCUCAUCGAUGGCGAGUUUGCAGACACGGGCGCGUAUGUUGAUGUCUUGAUGGAUGAUAUGGUUUUCUCGAGUUAUUCAAGCGCUAAGAUUAAGAGCAAGAAUAUGACUUUUAACGAAGUCGGUGACACGAUGGUCCGAGAGCUUGAUUUCUCGAAAAUUACUCUUCGACUUAUUGAGCAUAUUGAUAAGAAAGGCGAAGGUGAUGAAGAUCAUGUCAUCGCUAAACUCACUGGUAGUACUCUAGACACUCUUCGGAGAUGCUUGUACACUCCUACGCAACUCACCUUAAAAGAUAACCACGGGCGUGACAACAAGAUCACAGUCAGCCUCAAAUACCUUCCUAUAAAGAUGCGUCUCGACCCCAGCGAAUCCUUCAACAACCAAGGCACCCUCCGCGUAGACAUAUUGGACGCCGCAGACCUCCCCGCCGCAGAUCGCAACGGCUUCUCGGACCCUUACUGCAAAUUCGUCCUCAACGGCAAAGAUGUCUAUAAGACCAAGACCCAAAAGAAAACCCUCCACCCCGCCUGGAACGAAUAUUUCGAAGUCCCGGUACGCAGCCGAACUGCAGCAGAAUUCGACGUCAAGGUUUACGACUGGGACUUCGGCGACAAAGCCGACUUCCUAGGUAAAACCGCCAUCAACCUCGAGAUCCUGGAGCCGUUUCAACAACAAGAAGUAACACUUGGUCUUGACGGGAAAUCUGGCGCUAUACGACUCAAAAUGCUUUUUAAGCCGGACUAUGUUAUGCGCGCUCGCCAAGGCUCAAGCACCUUCUCUGGGACUUUCGCCGUUCCGGGGAAAGUAAUCGGCGCACCUGUAAAGGGCGUUGGUAAAGGCGCGGUACUCGUAGGUGGUGGUGUGGUGCGUGGCGCAACGUUCUUAGGGAGAGGGUUCAAACGCAGGAAAUCGAGGGGUGCGAAUGGGAAUGAGGAUUUUGAACGUGAAGAUACUCCGUCAAAUGGCUCUGUGGAUACGCCUGUUAUCUCUGUGGAGAAGGAUGCAGAUAGCGCGCCGGCGCCCUCACCGCAGCCGCAUAGCCGACAUAAAUCCUGGGGCGCGCAGUCCUUCGCUUCUGGCUUUGGCGGUAGUGGUGGAGCUGGUCAAGGCGACCAAGGCACUGCUAGCAUUACAGUCGUCUCGGCUUCUAACUUCCCCCUCGGCACAAACGUCCGCGUGCACAUAAAAUCUGUCAGUUCCGGGAAAGAAGUGCAUAAAACAAAACACAUUAAAGCACCCACGGGCUCCGUAACCUUCGAUAACGAAACCUUCAAGGUUCCAUGUACGGCGGAUUCAGCGUUUAAGGUUGUGGUGAAGGAUCAUGCCACAUUUGGGAGCGAUGAUGAGUUGGGUGAGGCGCAGUUUUUCGUAGAUGAUCAAGGAAGUGGAGGAGAGAAGACCGUGACGGUUGGGCACGGAACGGUGAUUAUUAGGAGUAGUUGGAGGGAAUCAGGGGGGGAUACAGCAAGCUCGAUGAAUAGUCCCACUAGCAAAAGUAGGAGGGGUUUGUUAAGUAGAGGGAGGGACAGGAGUGCGACGCCUGCCUGAGUAGGGUCUGUGGGCUUGGGUGAGGGGAGUUGACCAAGGAGGAUAGGGACGAAGGGAGUUUGAGUUUGGGAGUUUGUAGGGGAUGGAAGGGAUAAUGAAUCGGUUAGGUAGAGGUCGGAAGUCAUGCAAGAAGGUAAACGAGCGGCCGGAUUAGAGUACAAGUGCUGUUUAGGUUGACGUGGAGGUAAUAACUCUCUCUCUCAGUCUCACACACGACUUUCUUCUUUUUAUCUUUUCUCUUCUGCAUUGGCAAAAUUUUGGAAGGUAAAACAGGGUGUUAUUCUUGCGAGUCUCUUUCUUGUAAAGUGUUUACCUUUCUUGGUCUUUAUUUCUAUCAGGUAAAAUGACCGCGUCUAUUGCGGUAUAUUAUGUGUGUGUGGAUGCGAGUGUGAGUGAGUGUUGUCCUAGGUGAUGAAUGGAUG